AUGGCGAGCAACAGUACAGACCCCUCUGACUACUGUACGCUGGGUACUUGUCCAUUGAGUCUCGCCAACUUUGACUAUGUUCCCAACCUGGCGGGUAACCUUCUCUACCUGGCGCUUUUUGGUACGAUGUUGGUGGCCAAUCUGGGACUUGGCAUCUAUUACCGUACUUGGGGAUACCUAGUAGGAAUGAUCGGCGGUCUUGCUCUUGAAGUUGUGGGUUACGUCGGAAGAGUCCAGCUUCACUACAACCCGUUUCCGUUCGAUCCAUUCCUUGAAUAUCUAAUCUGUCUCACGAUUGGUCCUGCCUUCUUCAGUGCCGCCAUCUACAUCUGCCUCAGCCGUAUUGUCGUUGUCUACGGCGAGGAUAUCUCCCGCCUCAAGCCAAAAACCUACACCAUCAUCUUCGUUCUUUGCGACCUCCUCUCUCUUGUGCUCCAAGCUGCCGGAGGAGCUAUUACUUCGACUGCGGACAAAGAUCAGCGAGACCUUCGUCAGACUGGGAUCAACAUUAUGAUAGCAGGUCUUGCUAGCCAGGUGGCAUCUCUUGGGGUUUUCCUCUGUCUCUGUGCCGAUUUUGCCUGGCGACUGUACAAGAACCCUGACAAACUUAACGGAUCAAUGCAUCAUAUUCGCAAGACGCUCAAGUGGAAGGCGUUCUUGAUCGGGCUCACCGUCGCCACAUUAGCGAUCUUUGUCCGCUCCAUUUUCCGAGUGGCCGAACUGCGAGAGGGUUUCAACGGUCCCUUGGCGAAUGACGAAGUGACAUUCAUGAUUCUCGAGGGCGCCAUGAUGGUUAUUGCUACUCUUUGCUUGACUGUGUUGCACCCAGGAUACUGCUUUGGUGGAUACUGGGAUCAGACCAGCUGGAAGUCUGUCAAGCACUCCAGUCAGAGCUUGAAUGAACUGAAAUCACAGAACUCACGGGCUUGA